AUGGCUACAGGUCGCGGAAAGCUCUUCCGGAAUUACAGGAUUGGCUUGGAAAAGACGCAGAGCUGUAGAAAGCAAUGUGUUGAUACAUGCAGCCGGGCUUUCAACAAGGAUGACGUGCCUUUACAAAGCUCAACUAAGGGGUCAGAAACAACUAAAAGCCUGCCAACUGAGCUCCUGUUCAAGAUUUUAUCCUAUUUAGAUGCUUCAUCCCUGCUGUGUGUUGCCUGUGUUAACAAUCGGUUUCAUGAACUGGCUAAUAGCAAUGCUCUGUGGUACAAUGUGUACAUAACUGAAACCGAUGUGGGCAAAAUAUGGAAACCCAAAACAGUUGAUGAUAGUGCUGAGGUCAUGAGUGCUACAUCAAUACAAGAAAAGCCAGAUGGGUACUGGAGAAAAGAAUACUUCAGGAAAAUAGUAUGGAAAGGCAAGAAGAGAUGGAAGGACCAACUGAAGACCAUCAGCCCUUUUACAGGCUUACCAAGCAACACUGAGAAAGUGAUAAGGGGACUCCAGGUAGCAUGGGAGAUCACUGUAACUGAUCGAAAAGGUAUCAACACUACAAUUCAACAGUCUAACGCCUGUUUUUCCGACACCACUGUAACUGUAUAUUGGAACAGUACAAAUUGGCCAUAUUUCAAUAAGAUAAAAAUGCUGCAGCUACAUGGAGUAGUACAAGCACCAGUUGAUUGUCCUACACCAAACAGGCCUGGUUGGCGAUCACUACUUGCAAAGUAUGAUUUAAGUGGCUGUGAACCCCCUACAAUCAUUGGCUCUGACAAGCUUGUAAAGUUGCUGCGCUUACAUCCAGGACUUAUUGUUGGGAUUUGGAGAGGGCAAUGGUCAGUAGCUUUCUUUAUAGCAAGCCUUCAUUUUCACCAGCUGGUUGAAAGAAGUAUCCUUGGAUCAUCAAUCUGCCCCUAUGCUGUACCAACUGACAAACCUCUGAUGGAUGACAUUGACCCUGAGUGUGGUCUCCAUGGAUACAAACUUCACUUUUCCCUUCAUAAUGCAGGGAAUAUCUUCAUGUCUGGACAAUUUGCUCAGUUGUUUUGCAAGAAAGAGUAUAUCCGCAAUGAGUCAGUACGACUGAUGGUAAUCAGCAGGCAUGACAUGUCGCAGCACAUACCUAUCUCUGGCAAAAUUGGCACAGCCUGGAAUACUGACGUUUUAGGAGGAGUUGUAGAGAGCUGUUGUAUGAUGAGUUUGACAGUUUUGGAUGAGGUCCAGAAUCCAUUCUGGUGUGUCAGCACACCUGUAAGCUUGCAGUUGUCUACCGAAGCAUCCACAUCUUAUGACUACAUGGGGGAGAAUUACUAUAUCAAAUAUAAUGAUUCGGAAGGCCGUGUUUUCAUGGAACUUGUGUGGUUAGAGGAGCAUGAGCAGUUCUUUCUUACCAAUCUUGUGCUGUAUAUUACCACAGAAAAAGUGAAUAAGCACUUUAGAACAAAAUACUGAAUACUGAGUCUUGUUUUUGUUUUGUUUUGAGGAUAAAUAUAUUCAUGAAACUAAAGAGUAUUAGAAUACAAAUAGAGGACUUUCAAUGAAGAAUUUUCAAGAAAUGAAAGUGAUAGA